AUGGUAUCCUCAACUGCCCCGGGGAGGUCCCCGCUUUCCGGCCGCAGUAUCGGGCAGCCGGCCCCGGAAGCCCAACGACCAGCACCGAGAUCACUCGGGGAAGCUCUACGAGCCGCUGGUAUGACAAUUGACGGGCCCAGCCCAGGACUUGGCUCUGAAACACCGAGUGAAGAGGAUUACGAUGAGAAUGUUCGACCGACCCUGACAGAGCCAUCAGGUGUCCGGCAUCGGUAUCCCCGGCCUCGACCAGAAACCAUAUCCCUGUCUGGCUCUGAUUUUGAAAAACUGCAACAAGAGCCUGGGUUGCGCUUCAAGCGUCGUGACUCAGGUAUCCAUCUUGUUCUAGAUGAGGACAAUAGCCUGCAACGGCUGCUUAAAACUAGCUCAGAGUGGUCACAAGAAUCGACCGGUCCAAAACAGAGACGGCGAAAGUUUGCCGAUCUUGUCUUCACUAGCCAAUUCUCAGCCUUUGACCGUCAUAGCCCAUCAGCGUCGAACAGUCCAUUUCAUGGGUUUUAUACAUUAUUUUGGCUCGCCGUUACUCUUUUCGUCUUCAAAAUCUCGGUCCAGAACUGGCAAGUCUAUGGAAACCCCCUGGGGACCAACGAAAUCGUGCAGACUAUGUUCCAUCGAGAUGUUGUCGUCCUUCUUCUCUCGGAUGGUAUCAUGUGUGCCCUCACAGCGGUGACCUGGAUGAUUCAACGACUUGUAUCUGCCAACUACCUCAACUGGGAUGGCGCUGGAUGGGUUAUACAGAAUAUGUGGCAAACGGCCUUUCUGGCCGGCGUUGUUGGCCUGACUCUCUGGCGUGACUGGCCAUGGACUCAUACUGUGUUUUUUGUGCUUCAUGGCAUCGUCAUGCUGAUGAAGCAACACUCCUACGCCUUCUACAACGGUCACUUAUCAACAGUCUAUAAACAGCGUGCCAAGAUAAUGACGAAGCUUAGGCAACUAGACCUAGUUGAUCCAGCCAUGACCCCAUCGCAGACUGAACCCCCGGCAUCAGCCAUCUCAACACAACAUCUUAGUGUUACCCCUUCCGCCGAAGAGCGCCGAAAGUCCAUCUCUGCGCAGCCCGGCCAGGAAGAAAGCGAUAUAGACAAGAUUUCACGAGCCAUUGCUUCUCACCAGCCCUUGGACGACGAGCAAGUAGCUCUCUUUGAGCGCAUCAUGAAGUGGGAGGUGGAUGCAAUGACCGAUGAACUCAAGGGAACAGCAGCCACCAUAGGCAAAGCUUACCCCAACAACCUGUCUUUUAUCGAUCACUACAAAUGGAUCCCUCUGCCAACUCUUGUUUAUGAGAUAGAAUACCCACGAUCAAACUCUAUCGACUGGUCGUACGUAUUGGAGAAGUUUACUGCAAUGUUUGGGGUUCUAUUUGUGAUGGUUCAGGUCUCACAGCACUCUAUUUAUCCCGUCGUCAUGAAGACCAUUGAGAUGAAGGAGAAAGGCGUACCACUGGCUGGGAGAUUUCAGGAGUUUCCAGGGUUCCUCCUCGAUCUCAUCUUCCCUUUUAUGAUGGAGUAUCUGCUUGUCUGGUAUCUCAUAUGGGAAACUAUCCUGAAUAUCCUGGCCGAGUUGACAUAUUUCGCCGAUCGAAACUUUUAUGAUGCGUGGUGGAACAGCGUCUCCUGGGAUCAGUUCGCCCGGGACUGGAAUCGACCUGUUCACGUCUUUCUUCUCCGCCACGUCUAUCAUAGCUCUAUAUCAUCUCUGAAGGUCAACAAGCAUACAGCCACACUGAUUACAUUCUUUCUUUCAGCCUGUGUCCACGAAUUGGUCAUGUGGUGUCUGUUUAAGAAGCUGAGAGGCUAUCUUCUGUUCCUCCAGAUGUGCCAACUACCAUUAGUAAGGCUGAGCCGCACCAAGUGGUUGCGUGGGCGCAAGACACUAGGUAACUUGAUCUUUUGGUUGGGUAUUUUUACAGGACCAAGUCUGUUGUGUAGCUUGUAUUUGAUCCUCUGA